AUACUACAAAACGGUACUCCAAUGCCUCAGGAUCAAUGCCAAGUAUGAUCUAACGCUAUAUGGACUAGUAUUCAUUGAUACAUCUCAUGUCUAAAGAUUGGGGGAAGCUGGUAGUGGCCAGCUUGGAUUGUUUGCUUCUGUUCUUUAUCUGCCACAUCACUCUCUGUGUUGCCAGUCAAAAGCGCUACACAUUCGCCCUGCAUUCAGACCGUAAAGGUCAUCGUUCCGGCCUAAAUGAAGCGGUCACGCUCUUGUUCACCUACGUUUUUAGCCAUAAAGCAACGUAAGCCGGUUUCCCCGACCACUUGUCUUACGUAUGAUGCUCUUGAGGAGCACAAUCACAAUAACCCAUCUCUCCCCCUUGUGUGCUCUUAGAGAUGGCUUCAGAGGAGAGGGCGCACAGUUUAUCAGAUACCCCAAUAAUACCUCCUUCUACACGCUCUUCGCAAAGGUCGCGAUCCAGCAGUCCGAUUAGACCCAAUGCACAAUAUCGGGGCGGCCAUCUUCGGCGCGCAAAGAUCUUCGUUUGCGAUGAAAUACCCGCAAGUAUCAGUUAUUAUGCAGAUACAAGUAUUUUUCAUCAUUUAACCAACUAUGGCAAUAAUAAUCUUCACCAAGUUUCCCAGAUUUCUUGUUAGAUGUUUGUUCCACUUGUGAAUGUCACUGACAAAUAAAGAGUAGUACCCGAUUUGAACCCUCGCUCAAUGACGAACUGGACGAAGAAGCUUCGGUCGGAACCCUCGCAGAUCAGCUCAAAGUUCCAGAAGAUUUUCUAGUUACAGGGCUUCUGGAAACUGGAGAUCUAUAUUCUUUCACUUGUUCCCGAAACCCUAACUCUGAAUGCGCUAAGCCACUUCGAGAAACUAGGGGAAUAUCUUUUGAUCCGUAUAUGCAAUACAGACCUAGGCUGCUGGCCACCACUGCCUUCUAACCCUGCGACGGCUCCUAAUUUAGCUCAAAGCUAUAUGGUCACAUAACCCAUACUGAUCCUCUGCAGAUAGCAGAAAUGUCCCAAUAAGA